AUGGAUUUCCACGGUGCCAUCGUCCUCGCUCCCAUGGUUCGGGUCUCCACGCAUCCCAUGCGUUUGUUGGCCCUCAAAUAUGGAGCCUCAUAUGUCUACACUGAAGAAAUAAUCGACUUCAAGCUACUCAGAACGACUCGCAUCGAAAACAAAAAACUUGGGACAGUCGAUUUCGUCCAUGAUGAUGGCACUGUGGUGUUUCGAACAUCCCCUGAAGAAGCCGGCAAAGUCAUCCUUCAACUGGGCACCGCGGACGCCACACGGGCUCUACUGGCCGCAGAACGAGUGCAAGGUGAUGUUGCCGGCAUUGACGUGAAUAUGGGCUGUCCAAAAGAGUAUUCUAUCAAAGGUGGCAUGGGCGCUGCUCUGCUACGAAAACCGGAGAAAGUAAAGGCGAUUCUAACCAACCUUGUGCGAAACCUUCGUGUUCCUGUAACCUGCAAGAUUCGGAUACUGAAUACGGUAGAGGAGACUCUCGCCCUCGUGCGACUGAUCGAGUCAACAGGAGUCGCAGCGAUCGCCGUGCACGGCCGGAAACGCGACGAACGUCCCUGCCACCUGAACCACGACGACGUUAUUCGCGCCAUCGCCAGCACCGUCAAAAUACCGGUCUUAGCCAAUGGCGGCUCGAAGCAAACAAUUCGUAUCCACGAAGACAUUGAAUUUUUUCGCCAAUCGACUGGUGCGGCCGGUGUUAUGAUAGCUCGUGCCGCAAUGUGGAAUCCCGCCAUAUUUUCGCCUCCGUCUCCAAAUGGUCCCCCACCAACAGAUUUCCAACUUGUCCACGAGUACAUUGAAUUGGCAGUCAAGUAUGACCAUCACGUCAGCGGAACCAAAUAUUGUAUACAACGUAUGUUCAGUGAAAAGACCACCGCAGACGAGUACGUCAGAACCCUAUCUGCGGAAUCCAUGAUGGAUAUUUGUGAGAUCUGGAAACUGCCCGACGACGUGACCGAACAAGCCAAACUCUGCUCCAUUGAUCGCGUCGUCCCCACGUGUGAAGUAGUCGCCAACGGUGACGCCUCGGGCGCAAAAAAACCGCGCCUCCAUGGUAGUGAAGGCGCGGACGCGGAAGCUGCUGUGGUUAAGCUGCCUAUGCGAUUCAUUCGAAGUGAAUGGCCAGAGGUCGGUGACACGCCGAAACAGCUUCUCGUGGAGUACUGCAAGCGCAACAAACUCACCUUCCCAACGUACACCACGGUAGAGUUUCUUGCGUACUUGUACAUGCAGACAAGUCUGGAAUUCACUGGGCUCUAA